GCUUCGAACUGUGCGGACCGUGUCUUUUCUGUCCGGAUUGUAGAGAUAAGAUACACUAAAGCAAGAGCGUGACUGGUCUUCAAAGCAACCAUGUCGUCCACAUCCCAAAAGCACAGGAACUUUGUGGCAGAGCCCAUGGCAGACAAGCCUGUGACGGCUCUGGCUGGAGUUGGAGAUGUCCUGGGUGGAAGAUUGGAGGAGAAAGGCUUUGACAAGGCGUAUGUUGUCCUGGGUCAGUUUCUAGUGCUAAAGAAAGAUGAAGAGCUUUUUCUUGAUUGGAUGAAGGAAGCCUGUGGAGCCAAUUCCAAACAGGCAAAGGACUGCGCAAACUGUCUAAAGGAAUGGUGCGAUUCCUUCCUAUAAUCUGUGCUCAUGUUAUUUUCUAUUUCACAAUCGAUACAUUACCUCUUCUAUUUUAAUUCACACACAUGAAGUACCACACAUGCAUAUGGCAUAUUGAAAUUGCCGAGUUUAAUGUACACAAGUAAUUACAUCGCAAAUGUUUGCUUUAUAAGAUGCAACCUGAAAUUUAGAGUGAUGACUGUGCAGGUUGAUUUCACAAACACAUUUUAGGAGAGCAAAACAGUUUGUAAUCGUUGAAAUAAUUCAAUUGCCACAAGUUUGAAUUGAUAAGAGUAAGGCCUUGUUUGAUCGCCUCACUGAGAAUUUUAACAUGCUGUACAAAAAACAAUGUUUAAACCUGAAACUGAACGUUACUUUUAAAUAUAUCUUUUCAUAGAAUGUAUUCAAUGAAAAACAAUUUAAGUAGUGUGUAUUUCCCUGUUUAGAAUUUGCCUUAUUUCCAUCUACUCUUCAUUGCCACAGAAGAGCAGAUGUAACGUUGUACAUUUUCACUGUUUAGUCACACGUACGGUGCAACACUGUUUUAUUGAUUGCGUGUUGUAGGCUUUGGGAAACCCUAACAACAGAAUAGAUUGAUUUUUAUAUUACAGGAAUAGCCUCAAAACUUACAACACUGGUUGAUUUUGUUCCUUCAAAUGUCAUUUUAGCUUUUGGUGAAAAUAAAGCAACUACAUAAUCUGA